GAUGGAAAACAAUAUGGAGGUCGUGUAAGCAACGGAGAAGAAAUUCAGAUAUGGUCAUUGUUGAUUAUUUUUAGUGUUUAGUUAGUUACGCAAUGUCGUCAUCAAGUGGUGGGAGUAAUAACUGCAGAUUUGCAGAUUAUUUUGUAGUGGCAGGGCUGGAUCAGACGUCUGGUCUGGAGCCUGACCAACUCUCAGGUGACAAUUUGCACAUCUCACCGUUGGAGAGACCAUACAAAUCCAAAGUUCUGUGCCAUUUUCCUGAAAAUGUACCCUGGAACAUGUUUGAUCAAAGUGCAGUCGGCAUGCUGUGCCUUCCGAAGGGCCUCUUGUUCCGCACGCAGAAGGAACACCGGGACCCGUCGUUCCACUCGUUCGUGAUCACGCGCGAGGACGGCUCACGAACGUAUGGCUUCACGUACACGUUCUACGAGCAGGUGGACAACCGGCAGAUAUGCGCAGCGAUGCAGACGCUGCACGCGAUGCACCUUGCCGAGCUCGCCAACAGCCAGUCCCGCGCGCUGCUGCGCCACCCGAGCCGUGAGUCGAGCCGUGACCGCGCUGCCGCGUCCGCCGCCGGCGCGGAGGAGUCGUCGGACGGCCGGCACACGCUGCCGAAGGCGCACCGCGCGGCCGCGCAGCACGGCGCCGUCGUCGUGCCCGUCUCGUUCUACGACAUCGGCAAGGACAGCCUGUACGUGACGAAGUGUGCGUGCAUCAUCUCGCAGCUUCCGCUCGUUAGCGCCGCGCGCAAGGUGUUGAAGUCGAUCUACGCGGCCGUGUGCUCGAAGGGGGGGGGGUUCUCCAUACGACUAGGACUGACCGAAUUGCCGUUGUUCGACUACUCAUUAAGGGAGAUGUUCACUCUGUUGGGUGUCGAGAACAUCAUUCUUCUGUUCACAAGUGUUCUUCUAGAACAUCAGGUGUUGCUGUUCUCACAAGAUUAUCACAAGUUGGGUCUGGUGGCGGAGGGCAUCACGAUGCUGCUGUUUCCGUACACGUGGCAACACGUCUACGUGCCGAUACUGCCCGCAUCCCUGCUGCACUUCCUAGACGCGCCGGUACCCUACAUCAUGGGUCUGCACCUCGCCAGCCAGGACCGCGGCACGCUGCAGCUGCCGGGAGAGGCGAACCUGUGCUUCGUGGACAUAGACAACCAUGUACUGGAGUUACCCGAGGAUCUGCCACUGUUCCCCGAUCGCCUCGACUUCAUGCAGGAGAUCUCCGAGAUUCUCAUCCGCUACAACGUGCCUUUCUUCGGGCGCGAACCUCAGGAAAACUAUCAGACUCUCACUCGGGUGUCGAGACACAAGAGCAGGGAGCUGAGAAACGGGUCGAACCUGUGCAGCACGCUGCCGUCGAAGAACAAGUACAGCACGCUGUGCCCCGGCAGCAGCAUCCCCAACAAGAUGGAGAUCCUGCAGCAGAGCGAAGCCAUGCAGAAGCUCACCGCCAUCGCUCGCAGAACAGGUGUGAUGAUGUCGCUAGAGGAUUUGAACAACCAGCCGAGACGCGAACAUCAGGGGAACUACAGUCAGCGAGAACACAGCCAGUAUGUCGAGGAUCUGAAAUUCAACGCUGCCAUCAGAGAGGUGUUCCUGAACAGGUUCACGCACAUGUUUAGUCAAUACGAGUCGUUUGUGAUACAGCCGGUCGGGGACAUGGAGAUGUGGCUGUCCAACAGGGAGAGCAUGCAGAACUUUGACAAGUCUGCCUAUCUCAGCGACCAGCCGGAGACGUACCUGCCGUUUCUCGCGCCGUUCAUCGAGACGCAGAUGUUCGCAACGCUCAUCGACAACAAGAUCGUGUCUCAGUGGGAGGACGUAGACCCGUUCCUCAAGAUAUUUGACCGCCGAGUGAAAAACCUGAAGGCUCGAUACGGAGAGAUGAGGACGCCCAUAUAUGAUCGCUGUGAGACGGUGCACGAAGCAGAGUUGCUGAUUGAGAAUCGCGCGGGCAACGUGGACAUGGUCGCGCCCGCGCCGCACUUCCCCGACGACUUCAACUUCGACGACUGGCAGCACACAUCCGACCUGUUCCCGUCACUCGACGGCCGCGUGCUCAACAAGGGUCCUGAGGAAAACAAACCAAAGAAGCGCGACAAGUCGCAGUGGAAGCGACGCGACCGCUCCCAGCAGCACUCCGAACACCUCAUGAAUAAUAACGACCAAAGAGAGAAGUACAUCCAGGAGGCGCGUAAGAGCGCGGGCCCGGGGAUAGGCGACAUGUCAGCGGCAACCAUCGCUCACACCAACUGGAAGUUUGUCGAGACAUUACUCAAGGAGGUGAAGAGCAAGACCAAGCGCUGGUGUGAGAAGCUCGGACAGGAGGCCGUCGAGCUGGGUCACGGCGAGGUCACGAUCACGGCCGGCGUCGAGGAGAACACGCUCAUCGCGAGUCUGUGUGACCUGCUUGGAGCGCAUCUGGGUCACGGCCUGCAGACGAAGAAGGGCAAGUCGGCUCUGUGGUCUCACCUGCUCAGCUUCAUGGAGAUAGAGGAGUGCAACGACACGAGCAAGCCGAUCGACCCCAACUUCCUCACUCCCGUGCGGCCUACUAGUCCCGAUAUAUCUGAAGAGAAAAAGAUGCUGUACGGGUACGAAGUGCCCGUUAGUUUGCACAGAUUCAUCGAAGAUAAGAGGAAUGCUGUAGACCAAUUGAUGUAUACGGGAUUAAAAGGGGUUGAAAACUUUCUGGCAAGAACGGCAAACCCAGAAGAGUUCUCGAUGACGCUCGAGUCGGACGCGGCGCCACGGCAACCGGCAUCGUCGUCGACGACGAUGGUGCCAAAGCCGCAGCUGCCGAUCAUAUCGCAGUCGGCGCCGGCGUCGGCCACGUCGUCCCCGAAGAGGGAGCCACGUAAGGAGGUGGCAGGGGGCGCUGGCAGCAGGCGGCGGUCGAGCUCGGCGACGCCCAUCACGAUCCGCACGCUGCCGACGACGAUCGUCUACGACAUGAAGAACAUACAGGGGAUGAGAGACAUUCGCACAGACAUCGGGUAUGCGCGCGCGUGGGUACGACUCGCCCUGGAGCGCAAGCUACUCUCCAACCACCUUAAAGAGCUGCUGUCUGACAGCGAUCUGACUAGGAGCCUGUACAAGAGGUACGCGUUUCUGCGCUGUCCGGACGAGAAGGAGCAGUUCCUCUACCACCUCCUCUCGCUCAACGCAGUCGACUUCACCUGCUUCACAAACGGCUUCCCGAACGCGCUGUCCACCUACAGGGUCGUGAUAUUUGCCGGGCGGAAGUUCAAUGCGACGACGACGGCUAACCCGUACGUGUGCAUGGGCGGCACGAUCGGCCACACGGGGCCGAUAAACAUGCCGAAGGGCUGCGUAGAACAUGUGUUUCAGCACAAAAACCUGGGACUGCUGUCGACGUUACGACUUGGUCACGACAACUCCGGAAUGUCACCCAAGUGGAUGGUCGACAAUGUGGUAGUGAGAAACGAAGUCACUGGCAAGAUAUACAAGUUUCCGUGUGGUCGCUGGCUGGGGAGAGGGGUGGACGAUGGGAGCACAGAGAGACUCCUCGUGGGAGAGGUCCUGCCAGCAAACACUGACAUCGAAGACUUGGUGUGUUCGUGUAGGAGCCCCCCAUCACGCUCCCAGUCACCCGCUUCCCCACGCAAGACUGCCGAACCCAGGAUCACGAUCCCUGAAAUACAGGAGAUGCUGGGAGAUGCAGUCAAUAACAUUGUCAAGUACUACUAUAAACCAGAAAAGGAGCGCGGCACACUAACAGUGCUGCUGUGUGGGGAGCGAGGACUCGUACACUGCAUGGAGCUGGUGUUCCUCUGCGGCUACCGCUCCGCACGCAUUUUCCGCCAACACUUCUUCACCUGGGACUUCAUAGAGAAGGUGAAUGGGUUUCUUCGGCGACACUGCUUGAGGGAGGAAGUUUGGCCGGCCGAGUCGGGUGUACUUCCGGUGAAACGGGCUGGCAGAUGUAACUGCACGCUCGUGAACUCGCAAUCAACGGGCGCGAGCCGCCAGGCAUCGGACAAGGACGGCAAGAUUCGGCCAGCUGUACUCAUAUCCGUGCGUCGGGCGCGAGUAGGUGUGACACAGGCGCAGUCUGGCUUGCACGCUGGCCGCGCAGUCAAGCGAGCGCGGUGGUACGAUGAUCACAUGCUGCACCAGUGGCUCCCCCUGAUUGCGGACUCGCCGGUGACGGAGAGCAUGUUCGAGGAGAGGUCGUUCUUCCGUGACCCCGGCCUCGUCACUUUCCUCGUUCAGAUCCUGCAGAGUCUCACAGAGUUCUCCAUCAUACUGGAGCCCUCCUUAGUGAAGGGGAUCGGCAUGUAGAACCCCGUACCUAGGUCUGCACAUGGUUGCUGAGUACCUUAAUCAGAGUGUUCGAUAUUGGUCUCCAGUGUGUUUGAUCCAUGUCACUGGUAAUGGUCUGCUAUGAGAAUCUGGUAUCAAACACCUAGCUCUGCCUUUCUUGCAAUGAGUCAAAGGCUAGUGGGUGAAGGCCAGUCAACCAGAAAUCAAAAUAAAAUUUAUAUUGAGUUUUAUGCUCUGCACAAACAUUUUAUAUGGCGUGUAGUAGUGAAACUCAAUUGAAUGAGUAUUUUAUUUGUGCAGUCAGCUUGCCUGGUUACCGCACCGAUCGUGUAUGUGUAUAUUGCGCAUGGGCGUGAGAUCUUUUGAUUGCCACUGAACAUGUUAUAAGUCCGAUGAACAAAACGUAUUGUGGUGUAAAAAUGUAGAAAGUAUGGUGCUCUUCCACCUCCCCCCGCCCCUUCCACCUGCCGCUGCGCACUUCCUCCGAACAAUAUGCCCUUAUUGCCCUCUCUCUCCUCGUGUCAC